AUGCAGGACGCCCGCCUGCUCCAGCGCGUGGGCCACGCUGCGAACCGCGCCGAGGACUAUCCCCACGCACGCGCCGCUUUCCUGUUUGUGGCCAAGCUCACGGGUCGAUCGGAGGCGCGAGCCUCUGCAGCCAACAUGGCUCUGAGAGAAGCAGCGCGCUGCGGCAGCGAAUGGCUUGCGAAUGUGGCGUACGAAGAGCUGGAUCGGGUGCUUUCCCUGCCGAAUCUGGCACCCUCGAUCGCCUCCGUCUGCCAGGCAAAGCGCCAGGAGGCUGAGCAGCUGCGGGACCGACUGGCCGAGGAGGCUGCCGAGCGAGGUGAGGCCUCAGUUGCAGGUUGUGCGGACGAGCCCGACGGUGCGCGCAAGCGGAAGCGCAGCGGUGCAAUCGCGAGACCACCGUGCGACGAGGCGGCCCUGCAGCCGCCCCGAUGCGAGGCGCCUCUUUCCGAGACGCCUGUGCUCGUGAACCGCAGCCCGGCGCUGACGCUGUGGGCCGCUUGCGUCGCGCAGCGUCUUGGACAUGAUUGGCAAGCAUCCCUCUCGCUCGCCACGGCACUAGCCGCGAUGUUUGCGCGAGCAAAAGGCCGAUCGCUCGGCCUGCCGCAGCCGGCCACGAACAAGUUUGACGCUGCAACCCAGUCGGUCGACCUGCUGGGAGAGGCCGUGCCGGCGUUGUACACCAGUCGCGGCCUUCGUGGCCUCACGCUGUCGCGUUUGGCGACCGGCGACGACUCCGACUCCGCACCCGAGCCGGCGAGCCCGCUGCAGGCCCAGCGCUCGCUCUCUGCCGCGUUCGGCGCGCGCUUUGGCGAGGCGUACAUCAAACUGGCUCACUUGGCGGCGGCCCUGCCCCGGAGGGCGCUCGUGGCUCACGGCAACCGGCGCGCAUACGAGAUGUACUGCUUGUUUCGACCGCACAUCCCGGAGGGGAGGGCGGGUUGGGGCCAAGCCGGCAGGUUGCUGCUGUCGGGGCAGGAGCCUUCGUCGCUCGAGGCGCUGCACGACCAGGCGUUACUUGAAGAAUGCCGCGAAGUCGAGCGCCAAGAGGCUCUGGCGGCGGCCCUGGCGGCCGCGGGAGAGCAAGGAAUCCGCAUCGAUGCCCUCGCGACGUUGGCCGGUGGUGAGACGCAGCGCGCGAGGGAGUGGAUCGAGGAGCAGCAACUCGCUGGAGCCGCGUAUGAACAAGGCGGCAGCUACUUCCCACUGUAG